GAGACGGGCAGUAGAAUGGCAGCCGACGAACAACCAAAAUUAGAACAGCUUUUGUUUCAAGGGAAAAAAUUGGAUUGCAAAACCAGUAUUUUCGGUGGCGGAUGCUGGGGGCUCUUGUUUGACGGACAUUGGAGGGAGAAGAAUGAGAAUCGAGGUACCGAAAAGGAUCGCGUGAAAUCAAAGGCUCCUAGUCUAAAAAAAGAAGUUGCGGUAAGAAGAAUUAAAAAUGAAGACUGUCUUGAUGGGUGGAAAGCUGUGGCCGACAAGCUCAUAGAAGGAAAAGAACUGAAUCACAACAAUGUCCUACGAGUUUUCGGUUAUGAGGAGGACGUGGCCAAUGGAUGGAGGUAUUUUGCUCUGGAACCGUACACUGCCACUUUAUACGACUAUUGCGAUUAUGAGUACAAGGGACCGAUGCCAAAUGAAUCGCAAGUUCUUUAUCAAAUUACCAGCGGAAUCUACUAUCUGCAUGGAAAAGAAAUUAUACAUGGCGAUCUUAAUCCAUUGAAUGUCGUUAUAACUGCCCAGUCCCGUCCUGUGCGAAUGAAGAUUUCAGAUUUCCGAUUGAACAAAUUCAGUUACAGUAAAAAUCUGUCGGAAAGAAAAGAAAAAAUUUCUUGGGAAAUGGAACUCUGUAAGAGAAAGUAUUGGACAUUGUCAGAGAAAACUGACUCCCUGGAAGGAAUCGAAGACGCCACUGAAGAUGCCAUUGCUGCUGGAUGCAUUUUGUUUUAUUAUCUAACCCGUGGCGAACACCCUUUUGGUGAUGAUUUUAAAUCAAUUUUGAAAAACCUCAAGGAAACGAACCCAAUCAAUUUAGAAAGUUUACGCAAAGAUCACUUUGCCCAUGAGCCCAUAAAAAAAAUGAUUAUUCCAUCCCCAGUAAAAGGAUUCAAUUGGUUGCACAUAGCAAAUGAGAAAUUUAAAGACGCACUUUCAAUCCAAGUCAACACCAGUAAACUACUUGGUAACGGCACUUAUGGACACGUGUACGAAGGGAAAUUUAAUGGCGAUCUUGUUGCGGUUAAACAAAUGACGACGACAACGUCACAAAAAGAAAUUAUUCAAAGAGAAAUGAGUACACACAUAGGAUUGGAUCACGUAAAUGUAGUGAAACUCCUGGAUGUCGCUGAUUCGGCCGACAAUAGAAUCACGCAAUUGGUUUUGGAAUGGUGUGCCGGGACAUUGGCAGAUUAUUGUGAAAAGAAAUAUAACGGGCCGGAAUUGCCACCGGACGAAUUGGUCCUCUACCAAAUCGCCAACGGAUUGCAUUACAUCCACUCGAGAGAAUUGGUGCAUCGUGAUAUUAAACCGGAAAACAUCCUCAUUUCAAGGACGACGCCCAUUCAAAUGAAAGUCUCUGAUUUAUCGUUUGUUAAAAAAACGCGACAUGAUAUUUUUUCUCAGAGUAAAAUCAGAGGAACUCUUCAAUGGAUGGCCCCUGAGAGGCUUCAGUUUUUGAAUGACCCUGACAACAUGCCUGCCGAUCUCCCAGAUGCAACUAUCAAAAGUGACACGUAUUCAUCCGGAUGUGUAUUUUUCUAUUUCUUGACGCGUGGCAAACAUCCAUUUGGGAACAAUGCCACUGCUCCUGCCAAUAUUUUAACUAACAAUCCAGUAGAAUUCGUCAAGUACAAGGAAGAAAAAUCUUUAGUGGUAGAGGACGUAAACGGAAAAGUCCUUGUUGUGAUUCAGAAGAUGAUAAAAUUUGAAGAAACAAAAAGAAUCGGAUUGGAUGAGGUCAUCAAAGAAGUAGCCAAUUUGUUAUACGAGAAUAAGGAUAAAAUCCAAUCUCGAUUGCGUCACGUUGACAUGGAUAUGGACAAUCAGGUCGACUUCAUCUGUACCACCACUGAGCCAAUUCUUGCAUGUAUCAGUAAAAAAGAGUUAACAUUUUACACUCGAGAAAAUUCUUCUAUUCCGUUUUCUAAUUGGAAAAAGAAAGUCAUUUGUCUACCUCAAAACAUCGACGGGGGAUCAGUGAUAUCAUUUGAGUGGAAUAUUGACGGUACACAACUAGCUGCUGCUUCAAGAGAUACGCUCGUCGUAUGGAAUUACCCAGAGGGCAAAAUUCGCUUUCAAAAGAAAUUCUCGCAUGUCCAUCAAAUAGAAUGGAAUCCAACCAGGCACAACUUGCUGGCUACUUUUGGAAGGGAAUCAGAUCAAGUUGUUUUAUGGGAUUCAGCCACUGGCGACGUGAUCACCACAAUUGACAGUGAAAGGGUUACGGCUGUGAAGUGGAUUUCUGAAAAUCAAAUCGCUGUGUCUUCUUAUAACGGAACGAUUAAGAUUUUUGAAAUGGAUGAAAACAAUUUGACAACAACUCGACUCGUGAAAGAAUUCAAACAUGGAAGGGAAUAUUUUUAUCUGAAAUGGAAUGAAAAGACCCACUUUUUGACUAGUGGGGGUGAUUUCCAGAUUAAAAUUUGGUCCAUGGACCGUGACGAGCCCAUUUAUAGCCUGUCGAUUGAGAAGGAGAUUUCGGCAUUUGCUUGGCGUCCGUGCCCAGGAAAUGGGGAAGAAGAGGGCGGAAUCAAAAUGGCAAGUAAAUCGGCCACUCUUGCUUAUUCAACAGGAAGUGGCGUUUUUAUUUGGAAUCCACUGAAAAACGAACAAAAUCUACAACGUCUUGCUGAUAUAGAAGUAGAUAAGUUGGCCUUUUCAUCCGAUGGUCGGUUACUUGCAGGUUUCGGCCAUAAGAAAUUAACGAUUUGGUCAGCGGAGGACUGGAAACAAAUUUUAACCUCGGAUGUUGAUCUAAGUAUGGACAUAGCAGAUGUAUCGUGGGUUUGCACAGAAAAUUCUACAAACUUUUACGAGAAUAAAAUCAUAGUCAAUGUUUGGGGCAAGCCCAGCAAAGCAUUUGAAUUCGCAUUCGAAGAAAGUAAAACUUCUGAUUCAGCUAAUCCGAAGAAAUUAGAUGACGAGGACAUGGAUGCCGAUAGCGACGAUGCUAGUCCUCCAACACAGCCAAAGGGCAACUAUUCCUCUAAAUAGAAUCAAAUGAACAAA